GAAAUGAUGAAGAAUCAACCGUCACACUGGUGGUGGCUUGACAGCCACAGCAACACUAGACGAUCCCCUUGGCUUCAAUCCACACUCACUGAGCUUAGUGAGAAGACAAGGGCAAUGUUAAAGUUAAUUGAAGAAGAUGCAGAUUCCUUUGCACAACGUGCAGAGAUGUAUUACAAGAAGAGACCAGAGCUUGUGAGCAUGGUUGAAGAUUUCUAUAGGACACACCGUUCAUUAGCCGAGCGGUAUGAUCAAAUAGCUGGAAUUCGCCAGCUUAAAACAGGCGGAUCCCCUUUUGCUUCUCCCAAGUAUCAUCAAUCAGAGAAGUUGAUGAUGAGUUUUGCAGAUAACAGUUAUGACAGCUAUUCUGAGAAUUGUGAUGUAGAGGAGUCUGCGGAAUCAGAAGUUGAUGAUCCUGAGCAAGAAGAGGAAGAGGGUACCAAAAUUGAGAAGUGUAGAGAAGAGGAGGAAGCUCAGUUUGAGCCUGUUAAUGAUGAUUUGAUGGGGUUGAGGAAAGAAAUUAAGAGACUUAGUGAAGAGAAUAAGGCUCAUAAGGAUCAAAGCAAGCAGAAUUAUAACAUUUGUAGUGAAGUAAUGAUGUUGAGGGAAGAAAAAGAACGACUCAGAAAAGAAAAUAGAGUUCAGAAGGAUGAACUGAAUCAGAAGGAUACAAUUUGUGGUGAAGUGAUGAAGUUAAGGGAAGAGGUAGAAAGAGUGAGAGAAGAGAAUAGGGUACUGAAGGACCAUCUCAAGCAGAAAGACCAAGAGAAAAUAGAGGUGAUAAGACACCUUAGUUUAGCAAUAGAUGUGCUGAAGCAGGAGAAUGUAAAGAUGAGAAGCUUCAUUACUAAGGAAUCUACCAAAAAAUGGAAGAAUCCAUUUGAGUUCAACAAAUUCGUGGGAGCAUUGUCGGGGAAGUUGUUUAAUGGGAUUAUUACAAGGAAUAAUCAGCCUAGUAUUGUAGCUCUCUAG